UUUAUCUAGCUCCAUUGAAUGUGAAUCCGCUUCCUCCAGUUCUACCGGUAGUUCCUUGUUUAAACAAAGUUCCGUCUUCGACUCUCUUGAUUCUCUUGACAAUUCCGUCCACGAUCUUUGGACCUCUAAUGACGAAUCCUUCACCCUUGCUCAUGACUAAGACCUGAGGCGAGGUAUGGCCUCUCUUGGGCUCUCCCUCGAUGGUCAGCACUGAAAACAGUUUGUAGUAGUCUUCGAUCUUGGUGAAGUCGACUACGGUGCUUCUGAUCCAAGGAUGUUCUUCAUUCAAAGCGGUCUCGAUAUCACCCUUGAGCUGAUCGCCCUUGGCUUGAUCGACUGCGAACACAAUAACGUAGACAUCUUUGUUGCCUCCUUGGAUUUGUUCGAGAAUAUCUUCGGCUUUGGUGUGUUCGAUUGGAUCUGGAGGGUUCUUUCUGCCUGGUUCCUGUGGAGGAUCUUCGGCACGGAUGAAUGCCAACAAUAAAAUGAAUAACAGAAU